UUACCAGUACUACGAGUACAUAAUAAUUAGUAGAAGUAUGUUAGUUGUUUACUAGUACAAUUUUUUCAGUUUACGGGUUUACGGUGCGGUGCGUGAAAUGGUCGGGAGCUGAGGAGUGAACGCACGUACAUCAAGGUACCUGUGUCACGGAUAAAUUGAGAUCUGGAACUUCGUCCUGAUGCCGAAGAAAAUGGUGAUUUCGGUCAAAACUUCACUCCUUACUUUUUGAUUGUCUUCUUUCGAAUGGCAGAGCACUGCAACAAUAUCUUUCCCUGAUUCUUAUUCACAAUCAGACUUUCUGUCAUCAUCUGUCGAAUAAUAGAGCACCGCAGCGAUAUAUUUUCUUGAUUCCGUUUCACUGUCACAGUACUGUCGUCAUCUACCUCCGGUACUUAUUCUAUAGGCAAGAGUGCAGCAUUAAAAUCAUCUUGCCAAGCCAGUAAAAAAGCUUGAAUGCCAAACACUUAUCCAUAUAAUGAAUGCCAUCGUUUGAUUACAAGUUUUCUUUCAUUCUCCAUCAGAGAAACAACGAUCGGAUCGGUGACUGAGCACUAUCAGCGCUAGGCUGCUCCCGCUCCAGAGGGCGUCGGGGGCCUCCCAUCCGAAAUGCGAUCGGCACGAACCGAUCAAAUAAGGCUAGAAUGCAAUGCAUUGGUUUGCGAGGCUUCAUACUACGGGGAAUAAGCUAACAUUACUCAAGAGAGAAUCACCAGUAACACGAAAGGACGAACGACGGUAAUGGCGUCGACAGCGAUGACGAUGACGACAACGACGACGAGUUCGAACAAACCAUCCCGUGAAGGCGACAAGCGUUGCCACGAUCACGACGAGCACAAGAUCCUGAGGAAUUAUCCCUAUCUAUGGGCUUCCGUCGGGAUCUCCCAUGGCGUGAGUUGAGGUGGAAUCGCAUGAAGUAUCCGAUGGCGUGCGAUGAUUGGAGGCCGAAGUGUUUGACAGUCGGGUCGUGUUCCUUCGUUUCGGUCCUCUCUGACGCGUGUUCUGUUUCGAUUGCUCCUUGACGGGCAAACCUCUCUUGGUUCUCUUCGGUUUUCUUCUCUGUCAGUUUCUAUCCGCGAUCAUAUUUGGUUGGGCGAGCCUCGUGCCGGUCCUCCGCGACGAAGAACGGAAGGCCAGCGAUUCCAACGGGAAGGAUCCUUGGGGUGGGACUGGGCGCAACCUUGCUGAAUCCGAGUACACGCCCUCCCAGUUGUCGCAGAUUUUUGCGGCCGGCGUGGUUGGGAAUUAUCUCCUGACCCUGCCAUUUGGCAUGAUCCUCGACUCCUAUGGACCAAAAACGACGGGAAUCUUGGCAAGCUUGGUGUACGGACUCGGUUUGUUCCUUUGCGGGAUCGAUGACUCGAAAUUUUAUCUGUUUUGGAUCGGCUUUGGCUUGGUCGGUGCCGCAAGGCCGGGCAUCCAGCUCCCCACUAUACACCUAGCAAAUCUCUUUGCUUACCAUGGAAGCAGAACGAAGGGUACCGGGGGUGAGGCCCUGUACAUGAGUUGUCAGGCAGCAGCGUUCGAUGCCGGGACUGCUAUCUUCGCCCUCUUUCACUACUGCCACUUUGGAUUUGGUUGGAAGUCAUCMAUCAUGUUUCGUUGGUAUCUCUUGGUGCCUCUCUACACUUUGGUGACUGCAAUCUUUGUUUGGCCCAACGAAGUUCUACAAAAGCCCGUUGAUCAUACCUCUCACGAGGCAGAAUCGUCGUCUUCGUCCCCUCUUUCACCGACAAGCUCGUUCUCAGCGGGCGAUCAGAAGCACAAAUCAAAUGCAAGAUUACUCGGAAAUAAAUCACUGCAGCAGCACUCACAGGUGAACGCCCCGUUUUCAGUAGUCCUGCGCAAGUCGGCCUUCUAUGCUCUAGCCACCUGGGUCGGCAUUCAUAUUUUCCAAUUAAAUUUCGUGGUGGCGACAAUCAACGACCAACUCGAACGGUGGCAUGGUCCCAAGGGCACCGAGCGCCUCAUCCAGAUCUUUGGUACCAUCCUGCCGUUUGGAUUUCUCGUUUUGCCGAUCGUGGCGCGCAUUCUGCACACGGAUCCCACUGUGGCGCUUCAGGUGGUGAACCUUAUAGGAUUGCUUUUCGGGGCCAUCAUGGCGUUGUUGCCAGGGAGCUACUGGCUACAGAUUUUGGUUGUCUUUCCCGCGGUGGCCGUUUCGCGUCAAAUGGUCUAUUCGACCCUUUUUCAUACUAUUGGACGCGUCUUUGGCUAUAAACAUUACGGCGUUAUCUUUGGGUUGACCAACAUGGUUGCCAGUCUGUUUCAAUUACUUCAAACUCCAAUGGUGGAGUGGUCAGAAAAUUCAGUCGUCGCCGGAGAUCCUUCACAUGGAAACUACGGUCCCAGCAACUUUUUGUUGUGGAUUGCGACUUUUCCGCUGUUUGUUACGGCAAUGUAUUGUGAUCCUACACGACCGGAAAGCAAAUGGGUAUCUUCCAUGCAAUCGUGUUUCAAAAAAGCUGAAAGGAAUAACGACAGCAACGGAGGCGACAGGGUGCACGAAACAACAUCGUUGCUGCGAUAGGGAAAUAGAGAACUGCUUUUCAACUCAUCUCUAGUCGCGAUGGAACUACUGUCAUUCGACGAGAGGGGUUGAGGCCCACAAAAUAUGACGAGCACGCUAGGAGAUACGAUCGCCAAUCUAUUCAUCUAAUCUACAACUACGGGAUGUUCAUCCAUUGCCUUAAGUGUUGCACUCAGGCCUGCAAAUAUGUAGACGACUUCGCUUUUGAUUUUUCAUACUCGCAUGUUCUGUUGCUCGCUUUUGCAGAAUAUUUCACGAAUGCAAUCCUCCAUGAUGAACGCACUUGAUAGACAUGAUGACAUGAACAAAAUCUUGAAUUUUAAACAGCAUGCACCGCAUUGAGCAAUAAUAAAUGAACGUGUAAUGA